AUGCGCUGGAAAAGUGAGGUGCAGGUGGAGUGUUGCGCGGUGGGACGAAGCGAUGAGGUGAGGAGCGACCACCACAGUCUGUGCGUCAUGUGUGAGGACUGCAAGGGAGACGAGGAGCUGCUGGGCAGAUGCUCUGAGGACAGGAGGGACAUCAUGGGCGCGCCGGUGGAGGCUUUGGAUGAAGACGCGUCGCCGCUGCAGGCGAUGGCCUCCGCGCCGCUGCUGGGCAGAACCGUGUGUGCGAGCUGCAACGAGGAAAUCGUGGAUAAAUAUUUAUUAAAGGUGAACGACCUGUGCUGGCAUGUGCGCUGUCUGUCGUGCAGCGUGUGCCAGACUUCACUUGGCAGCCACAGCAGCUGUUACAUCAAAGAGAAGGAGGUUUUCUGUAAAGUGGAUUACUUUCGGAGGUACGGGAGCUGGUGUGCGUGCUGCGGGAGGAACAUCCACUCCACAGACUGGGUCCGCCGGGCCAAGGGGAACGUGUACCACCUGGCCUGCUUCGCCUGCUUCUCCUGCAAGAGACAGCUGUCCACCGGGGAGGAGUUCGCCCUGGUGGAGGAGAAGGUGCUCUGCAGGGUGCACUACGACUGCAUGCUGGACAACCUCAAGCGGGCCGUGGAGAAAGGAAGCAGUGUUAACAUGGAGGGGGCCGUGCCCACCGAGCAGGAGAUUAACCAGCCCAAACCCUCCAAGAGAGCUCGGACCAGCUUCACUGCCGACCAGCUGCAGGUGAUGCAGGGCCAGUUUGCUCAGGACAACAACCCAGACGCACAAACGCUGCAGAAGCUGGCGGAGCAGACGGGUCUCAGUCGAAGAGUCAUACAGGUCUGGUUCCAGAACUGUCGAGCUCGCCACAAGAAGCACGUGAGCCCCAACCACGGCUCCAGCACCCCCAUGACCUCACUGCAGCCGAGCCGCCUGUCGCAGCCCACCCCGACGCCCGAGGAGCUGCAGUACACAGUCUACGGAGGCCCCGAGGGGUCAAUGCUCUCUGCACUACACUCCUUCAUAGACAUACACCCCCCUCCAUCCAUGUUUCAGCCGCUGCUGCCAGCCCAUGCCAUGACCUCCCUGCCUGUGUCGCACGCCUGA